AUGAACCCUCAUAGAGAGCAUGGUUUCCGAAGGAGAAUGGAAUUGAAUCCCAUCACAACAUCUCUUCAAGUCACGCCUCCUCAUCAUCAGACUCCGGGAUCUACCAUUUCUGGAAAUCCGAGCUCAGCAUUUGGGUAUCAUCCAUCACAGUACAAUACACCUCUGAGCUCAGUGCGACAGUACAACCCUUCACAAUGGACUUCAUCUCCCAGCGUCAGUGGUGGUUCAGAUGUUUCGCAUUAUUCUGCCAGGCCACCUCACGAUCCAGAUGUAGUGAUUCCAGCUCCACCUCCAUACUCGCCACCUCGAAGCAAUAGACCGGCAGGAGCGUCAGAUGAGCCUAUGUCUUCUCCACCACAGGCAUAUCGGUCUUCCCCAGAUAUUCCACAUACCCCUCAUACUCCGGCCCCAAGUACCCCACACCCAAAUUACCCUCCUCCACCUGGUGGGCGAUCGAGAGCUGGAUCAAAUGAUCGACCACAUGGUAUCUUUGGCUUCUCUAGGAGACAAGUUAAUCAUUCUGAAAAUACCAGAAUGUCACCAGCAAACAGGGAACCUAUACCACCAGUUCCACCCAUUCCAAGAAGAGUUGUGGAACAAACGCGUCAAGAACUUGCAGAGCCUGUCCCGGUCAAUUUUCUACCUCCAGGGUCCCGUCGAGCUGCAUCUACAGGGGCCAUCAGCUCAGCAUCUCCGGCGCAUUCGCGAGAUCCAUCUACUACUCGAUGGCAGCCUGGAAUGCCCUUACCUCCGCCUCCGCCUGGCGUCCCUCCACCCCCAAGAUCCCAAAGUAUGACCCGAACACUCGAAAGUGUAACCUCUCCCCCUACGCGAAGACCACCGCUUUCAUCUUCUUUAGGUCCAGUUCCGCCCACUCCACUCUCGCCUCCACCCCAAGCUUCUGCGGCAGCAUCAGAUUGGCCUGACGAGGCACCCACAGCAGUAUCCCCCCGAAACCGUGUAGAAAGUCCUGCGCUCCACAUCGAUACUUCGAGUAACGCUUCUAGUACAGCGACUGAUUCUAUUUCUGACUCAAAUUCUUCUAGCUUGGCAAGAUCGCGAGCAGUCAGAGGAGAGAAAACUAUUCGUGAAAGAAGAAGUGAAAGUAGAACUGGCAGGAUAGCUUACCCUGAAUCGGCUAUUGAACAAUCAAAUAAUCCUUGGGCGGAAGCGAUUACUCCUAGUGAUAUUGUUGUGCCCCUAGCGAGGCGACAAACCAUAACCAGGGCAACUCCGAGGAGCGGAAGAUCAUCUAAUUAUUCAGAAACUCCGAGAUCGUCCCAACCCAUGCAGCAGAAUUUGACCACUCCUGAUCGUAUGAAUGGAACUGCUACUGGCUCUAGAGGCUCAACUCCUAGACCAGUGGCGCCUACUCCGCCUUUCUCUCCUGAGUCUAUCAGGUCAUCUGCAAUAGAACACUCACCAUCAGUUCCUUUUAAAUCCUUGCCAACUCCCCCACCACAGUCAAGAAUGGUUCAAAAGACUCCCAAUAAUCGUCCGCCUUCCUUGAUUAUCCCUAAAAAUGACUCCGCAGUCAUCGCUGCUUCGACUGCAUCCCAGCCUACAACAGGCAAAUCUGUUGCAAGUCAAAUGUCCCAAAUGUCCCCAAAUGAUGAUUUCGCCUGCUCUGCAGCAGAGAGACAUGAAAUAUUUGUUCAAAGAGAAGCUAGUGCAACAAAUGAUACAGACCGUGUACGCAUUUUUGCUGAGUUCAUUGUGAAUGAAUCUAGAAUUCGUCGAGACCGUUAUGCGUCUGCUAUAGAUGCAAUGGGAUCCGAGAUUCUAGAUUUAACUCGGGACUUAUUUCGCCCUAAUACUAACCCUCGUAGAGACUCUUCGACGUCUCGUGCAAGUGAAUUUACACCUGCAUCGUCAGCUGCUCCAAGAUCUCAUAGGGGCUCGCUAGUAGGGGCCGUGAAGGAAAAUAUAUCAUUACAAAAUUCUGAACCAAGAUCUGGAUCGCGCCCACCUACGAGGCCAACCUCACGCUCAGAUUCAAGACCUGGAUCUAGAGCUGAUUCAGCAGGUCCGCCAUCUCCAGCUCCAACACAACAAAAUCCACAAUGGUGGAGUCAACCUGGCUAUAUGCCCUCCUUAUCUCCAAUCCCAAGCAUGAGUGUUAGUGAGGCACUUGAUGGUGCAAGUUCAAGAGGAAGGCCUUCAAGCAGAUGGUGGGAAGUUAGUCAGCAUGGAUCAGAUGGAGCUCCUUCGUCGAGAUUUGAAAGAUCGAAACGGGAAUCAAAGUAUAUGGGUAUGCCAAAGGAAUUGCGUGAAGCUCUACAAUUUGGUGAAGGAGACCAAUCUUCGGGAUCACCAAUGGAGAACACGUUUGGUGGGCCGAGUAAUCCAGCCCAUCUAGGUCCCAACGAAUAUCCACAGGAGAAAACUGGCUUCCACCAACCGAAUCAAGGAUCUCCCGUAUUUCAGCCAAUUGUUCCCCCAGCCCUCGUUCCACGAACGCCCUUCACACCAAAUCCAGAGCACCUUGAUGUUUCAAGAUUAGUCACAUUGCCCCCACCUUAUCCCCGUCACCACCCAGCAGUCAACAACAACCAUCCAGAUCUCACAAGCGUCCGUACAACUGUUCGUACCUUGAGCGACAUCACUGAAGUAAAUGCCACUAAAGAACGCUUCUUGAGGGAUAGUGCUCAGAUGCGGGAAGAUCAAAAUACUGCUGCCUCCAAGCGUCGGGCAUCACUACGUCUUCGUAUGCAACGCGAUAUUGAAGCUGGAACAAUCUCGUACGCUGACGCAGCUGCAUAUGAAGCAGAUUCCGUCACCAGCGAGCUUCUUAAAUCAAAGGAAGCCGCCAAAUCUAUCUUUGAACUCUUUCAAUCUCAAGUCGUUCUUCCUGUCAACGAACUACUCAUGACCCGUAUUCAAUCAGCCACUGAUCUUUUUGAACAGCUGCGAAGUAAACUCUUUAAUGACUCAAGAAACCAGAAUCCCACUUCUACCCAGGAAGAAGGUGACGAGCAACCAGAGCUUAUUGAGAAAUUGACCCUUCUCAAAUGGAUUUUCGAAGCUCGUGAGCAACUCCACCGUGAAGUUUACGAAUUACUCUCGGAUCGCAAUGAUCGUUACAAAGAAAUGAUAAUAACUCCUUAUCGCUUAUCCCAAAAUACCGAAAAAGUGCGCGGCGCAGAAACCUUCUUUGCAGAAGAUGCUCAAAAACGCAAACAAGAAUUCGAAUCCGAGAUUCUCAAGCGUACAGAGGAAUUCAUGGAUAUUAUCGAAGAAAAUGUAGUUCGCGGCGUGGAAGUUCAACUCGGUGCUUUCUGGGAUAUUGCUCCCUCUCUCAGUCGUUUGGUUGAGCAGAUUCCGAAAGAUGGAGAUUUGGAAGACUUUAUGAUACAAAUCCCCAAAGAAGAAUACGAGGAAAAUCCAAGCUAUUAUGAUUUUCCAUUGCAAUAUUUAUAUACACUGUUAGUCCACACGGGCAAAUCGACAUAUCAGUUUAUCGAAAGUCAGACGAAUUUACUCUGUUUAUUACACGAAGUCAAAGUGGGAGUAACGGCAGCAAAUUGCAGAUUAAUGGCAACUCAACGCGUAGCUCAGGGAGAAGGGAAAGAAGAGGUGGAAAGAGAGUUAGAGGCAGUGAAGAGUGAAGAAGAGGGAAGACUGACGGAUGAUUUGAAGGAGAAAGUGAAAGUUGUAGAAGAGCUUUGGAGAAGUGGCUUGGGGACUGAGUUGGAUGAAGUGAGGGGAAGGAUUUUAAGAUGGCUGAAGAAGGUUGGAGGCGAGUUGCCGCCGGAUGACGAGGCGUAG